AUGGACGAUAAAUAUUAUUCAAUACAAGAAACAUUGCAAGAAUUAUCUACUGAAUAUAAAAAACUUGAAAAACUUCGCAAGCUCAUUGUUAUUGACAAUUCUGAUCAUUAUUCUCGGUUUUUAAGUUUUAUUAGUGAAGCUACAUCUCUCGGGAUAAUUUUAAUUCAGCAUCAUAAGCUCUUUGAAGCUUCCCAAAUUCUUAAUAAAGCUCUCAAAAUAGACUUUUUUGCCUCAAAAAUUCCCAAGCAUUCACUAUCACAAGAAAAACUUCUGUUUUAUUCAACCAUGGCAUUUUUCUUUUAUAAGUAAUUUUUCUAUAGUUUGGGCACAUAAAAACCAUCAGGCUUUAAGAUUCAUAUAUGAAAUUCAAUCAGUAAUUUUGACAGCAAAUAAGCACAACAAAACUUUUGAGGCUGAUAUCCAAUUAUGCUGCCACAUAGUGACCUUUAUUAUCAUGUGAUCUAUAAAGCAUUUUCAAAAAGCAGCCACUUAUAUAGAAUUAGCCUCAGAUAUAAUCACAGAAGUCAUGUGUGGAAAUUUAAAUACAAAACUUACUGAAGAGAAUCAAAAAGAAUUGUGUGGAAUUAUCAGCUUAUGCUUAGGCGGAGUAAAGCUAAAACUAGAAAAAAAUACAGAAUCGACUAUCAAAUUGUGCAGAGAAAUGAUGGAAUGCAUAGAAAGCCUUAAAAUUAAAAAUAUUGCUAAAGGAUUUAUAGAAAAAAUUGAGAUCGGAAAUAUAAAUGUGGAAUCAUGCGAAAGCACAUCAACUUUCGAAUUUUUUCCAGAAUCCCAGGAACACAAGAAAAUUAAUGACAUGCCUUCAUUAGAUGGAGAAAUGCAUUUCAUUAAUCAGCCCUUAAAUGAUGAACUCUUAAUCAGCCAAGAUUUUGAUAAUAUCAUAUUUGAAAUUUUAUUUUUAAAAUUUUUGCCUGAGGAUUUCCUUCAAAUUGAUCCUGAAGAAUUCAAAGAAAAGCUGCCUUUAAUUGAAAAUAAGCCAUUUGAUAAAGGUCUGAAACCUAACGAUAUCACCAGAAAAAGUCUUUCUAUCAAAAAAGUAAAAGAUUUCAGAGCGAAAAAUCUUACUCCAUCACCUAUGAGGCCUUCUUCGCGAGCCAAAAUUUUCCAAAAAUUAUCUGGAGAAGUAGUUUUAAAUGCAAGUAAAGUUCAGUCUCCAUUCGUAAGAAGAUCACCAUCACCUAGUUUUGUCCAAAGUCCAUAUUCAAGCCCUGAAAACCACACGAAAAUUGUUAAAAAAGAAAAAGAAAAAAUUGACAUUUAUAAAAAAGAAGCAAUAAGCAGGAGAAACCGACAUUUUUGAGUUGAGCUAAAUCCUUUAAAAGAUGAGAAAUCUAAUGACCGUGGAGUUAGAGUGGAAUUAACUCCUGUUCGGUAUAGAUUUUCAAAGUCCCGGUCAAGCCUACGGUAUAGCUCUCCUAUUAAAUAA